GAUAUACCGCAGUGCCUAGCAUCGCCCCGAACUCAACCAUCUACGUUGUACCAACGCCGAUUCCAGAGACCUCGACGCCCUGCCCUGAGGAGUCCAGCAGCACGCCGAUUUACACUCCACCAGCCCCAUCGUCGAGCUCAGUCGUCUACGUGCCUCCUCCCCCUCCUCCCACCUCUUACAAGCCGGUGGCUCCGUCCUCGAUCUAUACUCCACCCGCAUACACUCCCCCGGCGGUGCCUUCCAAGUCCGCCUACGUUCCAAAGCCCAAGCCCAGCAAGCCCGCCCACGGCGGCGGCGAAUAUGGCCACCGUAUCACGCCCAACGGCCAGAAGUGGUCCAUCACCUACACACCCUACGCGUCGAACGGCGACUGCAAGUCCGCCAUGGAAGUCCAAUCCGACAUCGCUAAGAUCGCGAGUCUCGGCUACACCACGAUCCGCAGCUACAGCACCGACUGCGGAGUCUUCGACAAUGUAGUCCCCGCCUGCCAGAAGCACGGCCUCAAGGUCAUCUACGGCAUCUUCCUCGACGCGAGCAAGGGCCCCAACUCGGCCGGCGCCAACGAGCAGCUCCAGGAUAUCAUCGACAAUGCGCCAAAGGACAGCAUGGCCAUGCUCAUCGUCGGUAACGAGGCCAUUUUCGCGCACGGCGUCCAGGCUGGCGACCUCGCUGCCUACAUCAAGGUGUGCAAGCAGAAGUUGCUUGAUGCCGGCUUCCCCUCCGAUAUUCCCGUCACGACCGCUGAGCCCGUCGGCACCUGGGAGGAAUACGGUGCCGCGCUCUGCGACGUCAUCGAUGUGUUUGCCGCACAGGUUCACCCCUUCUUCGAUGGCGGCAUCACCGCUGGCCAGGCCGGCGACUUCGCGCUCAAGCAGAUCGAGCAGGCGGCCAAGGUGUGCCCAGAGGCUGCGGCGCGCGGCAAGUACAUUUCCGAGAUCGGAUGGCCGAAGUACGGCGAGGCGAACGGCGCGGCUGUUCCCGGUGUGAGCCAGCAGAAAGAGGCGAUUGAGAGCAUUAUUAGCGCCGUGGGCGAGUUCGCGUGUAUCUUCUCCUUCCAGGACGACGAGUGGAAGGAGCCGGGUGCGUUUGGUGUUGAGCGAAGCUUCGGUUGUGCGGAUAUCCUCCCGUAAGCGCGCUCAGUUGCAUGAGCGAGAAGGUUAGGACAAAGGGAAUCGAUGAUGACGGUGCCCUUACACAGACCCGCCACUCUUGUACGAUCGAACACAUCGUUGUCAAGCUUUUUAUGGUCGUUACGUUAUGUGUUUACGCCUUGUGCAUUUUU